AUGCCACGCCCUGCCAUCCUUACAGAAGAACACCGAGAAGUGCUGUCAGAUCUUGUCAACCAAGGACUAACCAACCAACAAAUCCAAGAUGUGUUAUUGAACGAAUAUCAUACUCCGUGCUCGCUCUCGACUCUCACUCGUGCUCGUUCCGGUUGGGGCUUACACGCGCGGUACGACACAGACACACAAGAUUUGCUUCAAGAGCUCGUCACUUUCUACCACAAGAAAGGCUUACGUCCCCAGGAAAUCAUCGACAUACUCAGCAAAAGACAUGCUUUGGAAAUCACGAAGCGCACCCUCGCUCGACACUGCAAGAGCAUGGACCUUCAUCGACGCCAAGAUGAUGUCGACCGAGGUCUAGUCACCUUGGACCAGGUCGCAGAAUUUAUCCGGACCUCUAAGCGCCGUCCUGACGGUAAACUUGCCGGCUAUCAACGCGUUCAGAAUAUCCUUCGCCACCAAAAUAACGUUGUUGUCCACCGGUAA